AUCUCGAUCACACUGAAUUGCACCCACUGCUAUUGGUCACGUGACCUGUGCACAAAGGGUCCAGUCUUCUUCGCUUGGUCCAACUUACUGGUUUUCAGACAAAAAGAAAACAACAGAGCGAUUGUAAAGAUAAGACUUGGGGAUAAUUAACAGCAAAUACAGACUCAACAAGCGUAACACUUCAUCAUCCAUUGGUUGUGAAGAAGGGAGGAGGUUUGUUGCUGUGAAGUUGAAUGAUUUCUUUUGAGUGUGUGUGGUUGUAAAAUGUGGUCUCGGUUGUGAGGACCAUUAUAUAAAAGGUGACCCGUCUCAGUAAUGUGAAAUCCAACCAUGAGUCCACGCGUCUUCUCAAUCUUGGUGUUUUUGUGGCUGGUAAUGGCUGUGGAGAUGUCCACCUUGGAGGGCAAGCAGAUCCUCCAAGCCUUGCACUGUCCGCCCUGCGAACGCAUCCAUUGUUCCCCUCGUCGAGCACUGAAGCUCCAGUGUCAGGGUGGAAUCACCACUGGGAUCUGCGGUUGUUGUCCAGCCUGUGCCAAACUUGCGGGAGAAAGCUGUGGAGGCACCUGGGACUACCUGGGGAAAUGCGAUGAAGGGCUGGUUUGCAUUUACCCAGAAGAAACUGAUGGAAAACCAGAGGCAGAAAGCAAGGGAACCUGCAAAUCAGUGCUGGAGGUUCUCAAAGCCGACACUUGCAGACCUGAGUGCACACGGGAGUUCUGCAAGGCAAAUCCCAAUGAAAUAUGCUCAGCCAGGUCUGUAUCGCUGGAGAAGCGUGAGUGUGGAGGUCACUGCCAGCACACAACCUGCUCCAGCUGCUUGGUUCUCAGACCUCCAUCUUGUCCUCAGUCUUGUUCUCCAACAGAUCACGUGUGUCUGCAUCGCUUCGGCAGGUGUGUGCGAGGACACCUGACCGAAGAAAAACAUCCACCCAUCUGCCACCAGAACCUACAGCAUCUGCACAUGAGCAAAAUGCUAACAUUAGUGCUCAUACUGCAGCUUUACCUCUGA